CUCCAGUCCAGAGGGCACCUUCUGCCAACAUGUCUGUGGAUCCCCUAUCCAGCAAAGCCCUGAAGAUCAAGCGCGAGCUGAGCGAGAACACGCCGCACCUGUCGGACGAGGCGCUGAUGGGGCUGUCGGUGCGCGAGCUGAACCGGCACCUGCGCGGGCUCUCGGCCGAGGAGGUGACGCGGCUCAAGCAGCGGCGCCGCACGCUCAAGAACCGCGGCUACGCCGCCAGCUGCCGCGUGAAGCGCGUGUGCCAGAAGGAGGAGCUGCAGAAGCAGAAGUCGGAGCUGGAGCGCGAGGUGGACAAGCUGGCGCGCGAGAACGCCGCCAUGCGCCUGGAGCUCGACGCGUCCCACUUCUGCGGCCGCCAGCCCGUGCGGCGACCACACAUUCCCUCCCUGGGCCCUGUCUUCCUCUUGCAGCCCCCGAGCCUGGGGCCUAAUGGCCCUGGGGAGGGGCAGCUCCGGGCGCCCCAGGGCUGGCCAGCCAAAGGAGAAGGGGGCCCCGGAGAGACUGCUGUGGCAGAUGGAGAGAUGAGCAGCAAACCUGCGGUCCUACUGCCUGACCCCACCUCGACCCCUGUGAUUCCCACUGUGGGGCCUGGCUGA